CACAAUAGUAAAAACAUAGGCGCGAAUAGAAUAAGGAGUCGAAGAAAAAAGGCAGCAGCGGGUUGGAGAGCGCUGGCAUCAGCGAGGGCUGCGAUCGCAUAGAGUCUCGAGGGCGGCGAGUGCGAAGGCGGCGACCGCCGAUGAUGGAAAACUACUCCUGGAUGCUAGCACAUUGGUGUUUUGGCGCUGAUAUAUGCAGUGAAGUCUGGUAAACUGACGCAUAAGCGGAAUUGGAUGCAGAAAUUGCUAUUCUGGAAAGAGUUGAGCAUUGUUUGGAAUGCUGGAACGUGACCAGCGCUGGUGUAUCUGCUGCAGGGGCAUAAAUCACGCUGUUUUCCUUUAAUUAAUGCAGAGGGGUUGUUUUCUUUCACUGGUUUUGGUAGAGUUAGAAAAGCAAAAAUAUGUCUAAGUGUGGCAUGUAUUGGUAUUUGGAGGUGAUUCUCAUAGGCUAAAAGCUGUUGGACAGAUUGCUAGGAGGAGUAGGAAGAAAUUGAUAUUGCAAAUUUUGUCUUGAAAUUGGGCAGUGCCAGUCAGAGCUGGAUUCAAUAAAGGUCAUCCGUGUAUCAAUGCCAAAGUGAACACCGGUAAAAUGGCUUCAUACAAAGAAUUACCAAGAACUGCUCAAAUUCGCCUUGUAAGUUCCCAUCAGGAGGUUUAUGAACCAUGUGAUGAUUCUUUUGCACUGGUUGAUGCUCUUCUAGCUGAUCGCAGUAACUUGCUGGAACAUCAUCCAUCAUUGUGCAUAGAGAUAGGCUGUGGAAGUGGAUAUGUCAUCACUUCCCUCGCUCUUAUUCUGGGGCAGGAAGGUUAUGGUGUCAACUAUUUUGCAACCGAUAUCAACCCUCAUGCUGUGGAGGUGACCCGAAAGACUAUGGAAGCACAUGGGGUUGGUGCUGAGUUGGUAGUAACAGAUAUUGCAGCUGGACUAGAGGAGCGUUUGGCAGGGUUGGUUGAUGUUAUGGUUGUGAACCCUCCUUAUGUGCCUACCCCUGAAGACGAAGUUGGUGUUGAAGGUAUUACCUCAUCUUGGGCAGGUGGGGAGAAUGGCCGAAGUGUUAUAGAUAAGAUUUUGCCGGUUGCAGACCGUCUUUUGUCAGAAAAGGGAUGGCUAUACAUGGUGACCCUCACUGCAAACAAUCCUUCUGAGAUAUGCCAACAAAUGAGAAAGAAAGGAUAUGGUUCUAAGAUUGUUGUCCAAAGAUCCACAGAGGAAGAAAGUCUCCAUAUAAUCAAGUUCUGGCGGGAUUUUGAUAAUGGAAAGGAUGAAGCAAACCAAUCUGCUUCUGGGUUCAUAGGCUCCUUGCUUACACAUAUUCCUUUAUUUUCAUUUUGGAGAGGCACCAAUAGUGACAACAAGUGUUGAUUGAGAAAACAAAUGAUUUCUGAUGCUAGGAUGUUUUGUCUGACAACUGUUAUGUUUGCAUUGCCAUGGCAUUCAGAAGGCCUUAUAAUUACAACGACCAAUUCUCCCUGUUAGUUGAGGUCAGCUUGAGCAUCAAUUGACUAGCAUCAAAACUUUGUGAAAAACUAAUUUUUCACUAAAAA